AACACAUACAUAUGGUGUGUGAGAGUGAGCAAGCUCUCUGUAAAUGUUUGGAAGGAGCAUCUGUCAGACAAUAAAACUUACAAGAAAACAUGCUUCUCAUUUAAAGUGUGUUCACUAGAACUAUUUCAGUGUUGGAAUCAGUUCAUUUGUAUAGCUUGGAGGCAUUAAUAAGAGCAGGGACCUGUAAAGGCACCAGAAAACUCGAACUGUUACUAAGAAUCCAAGGUAUUUUUUAAAAAUAUUUCAUCUAUUCGGCAUCACAGUCUUCUGAUAGGAACCUGAACCAGUUGACAGACAGGAAACUUCUGAUAGUCCAUCCAAAAAGAUUGCAAACAAGAAGAUGGCAUGCUUUUUGCAAACCUGGAAAGUCUAAAGAUUACAAUAAUUGUUGGACCAAAGGGACCCUCUUCAGGCAUAAAUAGCAAGACUCCUACUGUCUUCUCUUGCAGACCAACUCAGCUGCCAGCAAAAGCAGGUGCUCUCCCCCUACCAGUGCUCCAGAGGAAAUAUUUAGGAAUGGAAAACCUGAUGUUUGUCUACCGCUCCUGUAAAGUUAUCUGGACAUUACUUGUAACAAUACUAGGUUAUGCCAGCAGCUUGCCUGUGGGUGAUGAUUCUAUUUGCACAGCAGAGGAACUUGCUAAGUACAGCAUAAUCUUCACAGGGAAAUGGAGUCAGACUGCUUUCCCUAAGCAGUAUCCACUUUAUAGGCCCCCAGCACAGUGGUCAUCAAUGCUAGGUGUUACUCAUAGUUCUGACUACAGCAUGUGGAAAAAAAAUGAAUAUGCCAGCAAUGGUGUACGUGAUUUUGCUGAAAAGGGUGAAGCAUGGGUAUUAAUGAAAGAAAUAGAAGAAGCUGGAGAGAAAAUUCAGAGUGUACAUGGAAUCUUCUCUGCUCCUGCCAUUUCCAGUGGUACAGGACAAACCUCCACUGAAUUAGAAGCACAUUCAAGACAUCCCUUAGUUUCAUUUGUUGUACGAAUUGUUCCAAGCCCUGACUGGUUUGUGGGUAUUGACAGCCUAAAUCUGUGUGAAGGAGACCGCUGGAUGGAAGAAAUAUCAGUAGAUCUAUUUCCAUAUGAUGCUGGAACUGACAGUGGUUUCACAUUUUCCUCCCCAAACUUUGCCACUAUUCCACAGGACACAGUUACAGAGAUCACUUGUUCCUCUCCAAGUCACCCAGCAAACUCAUUUUAUUAUCCCAAACUCAAAAUUUUGCCACCUAUUGCUCAAGUAACAAUGGUGAAAUUAAAGAAAAACCAGCUAGGUCUUCUUGUACCUUACCUUAAUCUUCCAGCUAAAAGCAACGAAAUAAUAGACUCUGUCUCAGAAACACCACUGGACUGUGAGGUUUCACAAUGGUCUUCCUGGGGUCUCUGUAGAGGUCUUUGCAGAAAAACAGGGACCAAGAUCAGAACUCGUUUUGUAGUUCUUCAGCCUGCCAAUAAUGGAAUGCCUUGUCCAAAUCUGGAUGAAGAAACAGCAUGUGAACCAGAGAAUUGUGUCUGAAUCUAAAGAAUCUAAAGAAAAGAUAAUAAUUUCAAUAAUUUAAAAGUAGGAUGUUUAACUAAAUCUGAACUACAUGUCAGUCAAUGUUUCUUAUAAUUCGGGUAUGCUGCACUAUUUUGCUGAAAAGGUAUAUUAGACUGGUUUUGAAAGUUGUUGUUUAAUAUCAAGAUUUUGGGGGGUUAAAUUCCUAAGGUUUAGUAUGACAACAGUACUUGAUCGUUUACAGACCAAAAAACCCCAAAUAAAUCCUUGCUAUGAAUAUACUGUAAGUUCUUGGAGUACCCUCUAGUGGCAGAAAAGAAGACAUUUGGAAAGAUUAUACUUCACACUUGUAAAAAUCUUUCAGUCACAAAAUCUAAACUAAUAACGUUCUUAAAUACUGUAAUUUGUUGGUCUACAGCUAUUUAUACCUAGAAAUUAAUUUUUUCUCUAAAUUAUGUUUUUAUAA